AUGGCUUCAGCAGAGAGUAUCACGGCUACCUCGUUGGAGCGAUAUGAUGCGCAGUACGACAACAAGAAAGAUGAGUCAAAGAAUGGAGCCCCAGGAGUAGUCGAAGUCAUGGAUCUUGAGGCAGGCGAAGCACAAAAGACAUUCUACAGCAAAGUCUCUGUCAUUAUGAUGGUCAUCUUCUCCGGUCUCGCGAUUGGAUCAGACGGAUAUAACGCUGCAGUGAUCGGAAACGUUGAACUCUUACUCGCCAUCCUCUAUCCAGAAUCUCUCACGAACUCUAUCUAUACUCGUCUCUCGAACGCCUUUCUCAUAGGCAUGAUAGUGGGAAUGUUGAUGUUUGGUGUCAUUGCUGAUCAGCUUGGACGCAAGACGGGUGCCGUAGCAACGACUGCAUUGCUGGUACUUGGUAUCGUGCUGUCGACUGCUGCCAAGGGAACCGACGAAACUGGUAUGUUCUGGAUGCUCAUAAUCGCCCGUGGUAUCGCUGGUGUCGGCGCUGGUGGCGAGUACCCGGUCAGUGGUGCCGGUGCGGCUGAGGCAAGCGAUGAGAACAAGGGCAUGCGCAAGCACCGUGGCUUUAUGUUUGCGAUGAUCGCUGAUCUCUCAGCCUCACUCGGCUACGUUUUUGGUGGUCUUGUACCUCUGCUCCUUUUGCUAUGCGUCGGUCAGAAGAAGGAAAAAUACGACAUCGUGUGGCGGCUCAGCUUCGCUCUGGGCUUGAUACCACCAGUUUCAAUCUUCUGGUUCCGAUAUAAGAUGGCUGUCUCGACUGCUUAUCGCAAAGCAUCGAUGAGGAAACAGAAAGUCCCUUACCAUUUGGCUAUCAAACGUUAUUGGCGACCUUUGCUUGGCGCAUCAUCGACAUGGUUCUUGUACAACUGGAUUGCAAUUGUAAGUCUGGUAGCGAUCACAAUCCUGAACAUCGAGACUGACCACAUCGAANNGCCUUUUGGUAUCUUUUCUGGCACUAUCACCACUCGCGUCAAUGCUGGCGAUUCGCUCAUCACCAACCUUGGCUGGGGCGUCGUGAUCAACUGCUUCUACAUCCCAGGUCCAUUUAUCGGUGGCUACCUCUCGGACAAGAUUGGUCGUCGCAAAACCAUGGCACUUGGAUUUGCGCUGCAAGCUGUACUUGGCUUUGCGCUGGGUGGAGCUUACCACAAGAUAGUGCCUAUUUUCCCCUUGUUCGUGGUCAUGUAUGGCAUAUUCCUUACUCUCGGAGAAGUCGGUCCUGGGUCCACUGUCGUUUUGGCAUCCUCCGAAAGCUUCCCGACAGCAAUUCGUGGACAAAUGAUGGGACUUUGUUCAGCAAUUUCCAAAGCAGGCGCGGCGAUUGGGACUCAGGUAUUCAUUCCCAUUACGUCAGGUGCAGGCGAUCAAGGCGCUUUUCUGGUCGGAUCAGGCUUUGCUGUGUUGGGUGCAUUGAUAGCAUUCUUCGUGAUUCCAGAUGUGGGCAGGAAGCUGGAAGACGAAGACGAGAAUUGGAGAAAGUACUUGGAAGAGAAUGGCUGGGUGGCUGACUGGGGCGACAAGGAGACACAAGAUCCCAAAGGCGUCAUCAUUGAUCAAAGGUCUUCUUAG